AUGGCAGAGAAAUUCUCCUUGGACGUCACAAGAGUUGAAGGUCUCCAAUCUCCACCUUCGCCAGCUCGAACGUCUGGACUGUUGCUCGAGCAAUUUGAGAGCCAUGAAAAGCUGGCAUUGAGCACGAAGCUGAGGUGGAAGAGAGACAUUUACGUGCUCGCACCUCUCACUGUGCUCUACGUUUUCUGCUUCCUCGACAGGACAAACAUUGGCGCGGCCGUUGUUUUUGGCCUGGCCGAGGACCUCAAGCUCACUGGGACACAAUACAAUUCAGCCUUAGUCUGUUUCUUCGUCCCUUAUGUCCUGUUUGACAUCCCAUCAAACAUUCUGCUCCUGCGCUUUAAACCACAAAUAUGGCUGCCCGCUUGUACCCUCUUCUUCGGGGUUAUGACCGUGCUCCAGGGAGUUGUGCACAACCUCGCUGGAAUCGCAGUCGUCCGUGUUUUCUUGGGCAUAGCAGAAGCAGGUGUCUAUCCCGGCUGCGUGUAUACGAUAUCUCGCUUCUAUCGGCCGGAAGAAGCCCAAUCUCGUUUCGCCAUAUUUGUCGGAUCAACCACUCUCGCAGGAGCAUUCGGCGGUCUGCUGGCCAGCGCCAUAGGGAACAUGGAUGCCAUAUGUAACUUGAAAGCUUGGAGGUGGAUUUUUAUCCUUGAGGGCUGUCUCACCGUCGUUGUGGCCCUCGUCCUCUUCUUCCUCGUCACCGAUAUUCCCGAAAAAGCACGCUGGCUCUCCGAUCCUGAACGGCGAGCCCUUCAGAGUCACCUUGGCGUGGAGGAGUCUUCUUCAAGCGGUGGCGGAAAAGCAAGCGCCAUCGGCAUUAGCGAUGUCAUCGACGCGUUCAAAGACGUCAAGAUGUGGCUGUCAGGCUUUAUGUAUCUCGGCAUGACUAUGCCGUCAAACGGUCUAGGUUUGUUCAUACCAAGCAUCGUGCGUGGGUUAGGCUACUCGCCCAUCAGUACACAACUGCACACCGUCCCAGUGUACGUUGCGGCCGCAGGCUUCGCCUUCUUCGUAGGCGUCGCAUCAGACAAAACGAAGAUGCGAACACCGUGGGCUCUGAUAUCGAUCAUCACCGGCAUCGUGGGGUUCUCCUUCCUUCAAUCGAAUCUGCAGGAAUCUCAUACGCGCUACGGGUUUUUGUUUCUGGCUGGGAUGGGUGUUUUCAGUGCGAUAGUCGCAAUCUUGUGCUGGUACACUAUGAACUGUGUCGAGAGUCAAAGGCGAGCCAUUGGUUCUGCGUUCCAGGUGUCCUUCGGCAAUAUUGGCAGUAUUAUAGCGACAUAUUCCUUUCUGAAGACAGACGCCCCGGAAUUCAAAACUGGAUCUCGCAUUUGCAUCGGCUUCUUGUGCCUGGCGUUCGUUGGCUGCCUUGCUUAUUAUUUGGUAUGUGUCACAGAGAACAGAAAGCUCAUGAAACAAGAUGGCGACGGUGAUGUGCCCACCAACGGAAGACGCAAGGUCCGACUAAUGCUGUAA